GAUUCAACAUCAGUAUUAAUUGAAUAUACAAAACCAAUUGAAUCAAGUAUAAAUGGACAAUUAAUUGGUUAUAAUAUUAAUUAUGCAUUAAAUUAUCCAAAUUUAAAUUGGAAAUCAAUUCGUGUAAAUUCAUCAAUACAAUCGUAUAUUUUAAAAGAUUUAAUGACAUGGGAAUCAUAUUUAAUAACAGUUGCUGUUGUUAAUAAUGUUGGUAUUGGACCAGCAAGUGAAAUAGUUAAAGUUCGAACACUUGAAGGUAUACCUAGUCGUGCACCAAUAAUUAUUCAAUACGAACCAAUAAAUUCUACAGCAAUUAUGAUUAAAUGGCAAGGUCCAUUAUCAUCCUAUAUAAAUGGAAUUCUUAAUUCAUUCAAAAUUGAAUUAAUUGAUUUAAAUCGAAAUCUUACAUUAUAUCAAGAACAACAAGCUAAGCCUAUUGAAAUGUAUCAACUUUCUAUUGGUUAUUUAAAAAAAUAUACGAAUUAUUCUGUAAGAAUUAAUUGUGCAACUAAAAUUGGUAGUGGACCAUGGUCAUCACCGAUAGUUUAUAUACAAACACUUGAAGAUGUUCCUGAUCAAGUAGAAAAUUUAACAUUUUCCAAUGUGUAUGAUACAUCAAUGGAUAUAAGUUGGCAAAAACCACUUGAAAUUAAUGGUGAUUUAAAUGGUUAUGAACUUGAAUGGUAUCAAAUGAAUAAUACACAAUUAAAUUUAUCUGAUCGUUCAGUAGUUGAAAUAAAACCAGAUUUAACAACAUAUAAAAUUAAUAACCUAUCAGCAACAACUUGGUAUACAAUAAGUGUUCAAGCAAAAACAAGAAAAGGUUUUGGUUUAAAACGUUCAGCAUCAAUUGAAUCAGGUUAUCCACCUGAAAUGCCUUCACCACCAACAAAUCUUGAAGUUAUAUCGAUUGAAAAACGUUCUGCAAUUAUUAAAUUUACUCCUGGUUAUACUGGAAAAACAAAUAUAUUACGAUAUAUUGUUGAAAUUCAAAUGAAAAGUAACAAUUCACAAUGGGAAAAUCUUGAAUCUUUUAAUAUUGAACAAUCAACAUUAACUCUUCAUGAUUUACACCCAUAUCAACUAUAUCGAAUACGAAUGUCAGCUGUUAAUAUCAAAGGUAUUAGUAAUACAAGUCUUCCAACAGAAUUCUUUCGUACAAAACCUGAUGUACCUUCAAGUGUACCACAAAUGUUAUUAGCACAAGCAAUUAAUUCAAGUGCUAUUCGAGUUCGAUGGAUGCCAAUACCAACAAAUGAAUGGAAUUCCAUUUCUUCAACUGGAAAAGAUAUUGGCUAUAUAAUUUCUAUUAAUGAUUCAAAAACUGAUGAUAUCAAAAUCGAAGAUCCAUUAAUAACUGAAUAUAUAUUUACGAAUUUAUUACCAGCAAAUACACCGUUUUUAAUUAGAUUAAGUACAUUUAAUAGUAUUGGCAAAAGUUCCAUAUCAAUUGAAACAAUUGAAAAAACAUUUGAAAGUGCACCACUUCAUCCUCCAUUAAAUGUUCGUAUUGAUUUAAUAAAUGGAACAUCUGCUAUAAUUCAUUGGAAUUCACUAAAACCUAUCGAUCAAGGUGGUUUGAUUACUAAUUAUAAAAUCAUAUAUUUUCCAAUUCUAUCUCCUCAAUUAAAUUAUACUAUUGAUUAUUCUGAUAAUAGUUCAUCGAUGAGUUAUAUACUAAAUAAUCUUGAUGGUUAUACAAAUUAUUCAUGUUCAAUAAGUGCAUGUACAUCAAGUGGAUGCAGUACAUUUAGUAAACCUAUUAUAUUUAUGACGGAUGAAAAUGUUCCUACAAAACCUACAGAAGUUUUCUUUCCUAAUGUCGAUCAUUGGUCAGCAAAAAUGAUAUGGCAACAGCCAACAAAAUUAAAUGGAAUUCUAAUUGGUUAUAAACUUGUAUAUUGGCGUUCAGAUGAUGAACAAACACGUAUUGAAAUUAAUAAUUUAACAAAUAUAACAAAUUCUUAUCUAGCUGAAAAUCUCGAAAAAACAACUCCGUAUACAUUUAUACUUUGUGCUAAAACUCGAAUUGGUUGUGGUGAAACAAGUAUUAAUCGUUUAUUAACAAUGGAAAAACGAGAUCGACCAGCUGCUCCAUAUCCACCAACAAUCAUUGAAACAUCGAUUAAUUCUACAAGUUUAAUAUUAACUUGGCGUAAAGAUUCAGAUUUUAAUUAUGCACCCAUUCGUUAUACAUUAAUUGAAUAUGAACAAGAAAAUACAUUAACAUGGAAACCCUAUGAUCCAAGUAAUAAACCUGAUGGACAAAUAACAUCACUAAUUAUACAAAAUUUAAAACCAAAUACAAAAUAUCGUUUUCGAUUAGCAUCACAAAAUGAUAUGGGUAUAAGUGAUUAUAGUCGUUCAACAAAUUAUGUUCGUACAAAACAAAAUGUACCAAAUAUACAACCAACAAUCGAUUAUAUAUCAACAGAUCAUCCAUGUCAACUUGAUAUUUAUUUCAAAAAUUUUGAUUCAAUUGAAAAUACUACUCGUCUGAAAGUAUUAAUUAAAUCGAUUACCAAUGAUCAAUCAUUUCAAAAAAGUUUUCAUUCAAUCAAUCAAGAUAAUUCGAUACAUUUAAAUAAUCUAUGUAAAGAUUAUUCAUAUAUGAAUGAUACAUAUGUUUUAUAUGUUUGUUUGAGUAAUUCAAUUGGUGAUGGUCCACUUUCAUUUGCACAUUAUUUUCAUAUACAAUUACCUGCACCAAUUGAUCUAACAAUUACAUCAGUUAAUCUAAGUGUUUUAAGUUCAACAGAAAUAUUAAUGAAAUGGAAUCUUACUCGAAUAGUACCAUCAAUUGGUUAUCGUAUUCGAUGGAUAGCAGCAAAUGAAACUAAUAAAGAAAAAAAUUAUAUUACUUCAUAUAAUGAUACAAGUGUAGUAUUAAAUGAUCUUAAUCCUUUUACUGUUUAUAAAAUUAUGAUUAAUGUUUUUAAUAUUAAUGGAGAUGGACCAAUAUAUGAAACAGAUUUAAUAAGAACAGAUGAAGAUGCACCUGGUUCUAUUAAUGAAUUAACAUUUUCUUAUGUUACAUUUACUUCUUUACAACUUGAUUGGCAACUACCAAAAUCUUUAAAUGGUAUUCUUCGUUCAUAUGAUUUAACAUAUGAUAAUCGUCUGUCAUUUUCUUCAUCGACAAAUACAUCAUCAACUCGUGUGAAAACAAUUAAACAACUUCUAUCGCCAAAUAAUACUUCAUUACGUAUUGAUGAAUUAGAACCUUAUCAAUUCUAUGAAUUUACUCUUUGUGCAUGUACAAUAAAAUGUGGUCCAUGUCUAUAUAAAUCUAUUCAAACAGGUCCACAAAUAAAUUCUCCAUUAUCACCAUAUGAUUUAUUUAUAAAUAAACAUAAUGAAUUAACAUGGAAAUCAUCGAUUAUAUCAGAUUAUUAUCUUAUUGAAUUCUCAAAUGAUUAUGGAAAAACAUGGAAAUUUCUUGAUCGAAUAUCAAAAUCUCCAUAUUAUUUAAAUUCGAAUAUAUUUCAACCAAAUCAAUCUAUGGAAUAUUAUUUUCGUAUCUAUUCUAUUAAUCAUAUUGGUAUAAGUGAAGCAAGUCAGAUUUAUAAAUAUAAUUUAACAUUAUCAUCAUCAUCAUCAACAUUUCUAUAUCCAUUUAAAAUUUUUUCAAAUAUUCAAUUAUUUCUACGAUCAAAUCAAUUAUUCUUAUAUAUUAUUCUUAGUUUAUUAGCUUUACUUAUUCUUAUGUUUAUAUGUAUAAUUAUAACAUGUUGUUGUUGUCGAAUGAAAUUAAAUAAACGAAAACUGUUACAAUCAACAAAUACAUUAUCAUCAAAUUUAAAUAAUGCUGAAUCAAAACAAAGUUUAUAUACAGCAUCAACAUUAUUAACACCAAUCAAUAGAGAAUUAACAUUGCAACGUAAUCGUGAUAGUUUAGCAUUAAGUGAUUUAUUAUAUAAUAAUUUUUCAAGCCGUUCACCACCACGUCCAAUACCAACACCAAUUGUUUAUGAUGAUUUAACAAGUACAAAAAGUUUAUUAAAUAAUCAAAAUUAUUCAUCAGAAGAAAAUCAAUCAACAACAGAUUAUCCAUGGUAUCAUUCUUUACCACAACAAUUAUAUACAUAUAUGUCAAAUAAUCAUUUAACAACAAAUAAAAUCAAUGAAGAAAAUGAAAAUGAUGAAACAGAUUUAACUGUUGCAUUUAAUGGAGCAAUACUAAUGAAUAAUGUACCACGAUCAAGAGCAGCUGUCAAUGGAUGUUCAUCAUUUGCACUUUAA